UUACAACUUCUCUCUGUUUCUUCUCCCCCAAAUAUUACUCGUUUGUUCUGUUUUGUUUUCUUAUUUUUAAAAUCUUCUAAAGAUUUUAUCGAUCUCCAGCGACCUCUUUGUCAAACCUGACAAUUCCAAAUGAUGAAGAAUUUCUGACGUCACUAUUUAUUAAAACCACACGACGCUGUUUUUCUUUCUUUCUCUUCUUAUAUACUUCAGUUUCAGAGAGGAACCCAAAAAAAAAAAAUCAAAACUUUAGAAAAAGGAAAACAAAUUUCGGUGAAACUAAAAUAAAAAAUGGGGAAUUGUCAAGCGGCGGAGGCAGCGACGGUUUUGAUUCAUCAUCCGGCGGAGAACAAGGUGGAGAGGAUUUACUGGUCGGUGACAGCGAGUGACAUCAUGAGAUCCAAUCCCGGUCAUUACGUUGCGGUGGUUGUGACGUCACCGACACUGAAGAACGAUAAAGGAUCGCCACUGAAGCAGCUUAAGCUCCUUCGUCCUGACGAUACUUUACUCAUCGGACAUGUUUACCGUCUCGUCAGCUUCGAAGAGGUUUUGAACGAGUUUGCGACGAAGAAGUGUGUGAAGCUUGGGAAGCUAUUGAAAGAAGGAGGAGGGCUUGAGUUGAAGAAGAAGAAGAAACAUAGAAAGAAGACUGAUCAGGAAACGGGUCGGGUCAACCCGAAUUCGGAUUCGGAACCGAAAGAAGAUGGGGCUAAUGAUACGGUCGCCGGAGAAGACGGUGGAGAUGGGUUUGUGAGGCGGAACCACGGCGGAGGAAAAGGUGGCGUUGGAUGGAGGCCAGCUUUACACAGCAUCCCGGAAUUUGGAUCCUCGUGAGAAAACUCUUCAAAAGUGUAGUAGAUAUAUUCGUUAAAGCACCAUCAGACAACAGUGAAAGUUUCAUGUAAAGCGAUGUUAAUUAUAUGCUUUAAUGAAGAUUCAGUCCCUUGGAAUA